CAGCGCCCAUCACGUCGAUUAAACAACUUCCUGGUCCGGGAAAAUCUGACAUUAUCGCGAUAGACGGGCUAUUCUGUUAGUACUUCUGCACUUCAGCGGCACGGGCCUGGCGCUGGAAUGCAAAAGCACAAGUUAUUUAGCCAGAACAAGAAAACGGAAAACGUCGGCGCACCUUUUCAGAAAUAUCACAGCUAUCCCUCGGGACUCAGCUACAGUCCGAGACAUGCGGGAGACGCUUAACGUAUGGGGAUGAGACGAGAUCGGUUAUUUCGGCAUUUGCAGCUCUGGGCUCGUUGACCCUCUGUGUUGGCUCAGGAUGGCGCAGGGAGGAUCUCAGCUCGACUACCACGUCCUGCAGGACCUCAAGCAGCGUUUCCCGGAGAUCCCUGAGGGGGUAGUGUCACAGUGCCUUCUGCAGAACAACAAUAACCUGGAUCUCUGCUGCCACCUGCUGGCUCAGGAGAGUAACAGAUACCUGUAUGGCGAUUUCCAUCCCAGUCCAGAGGAGGGGCGGCUAAACCGAAAUCAUAUGCUACACAUUAGCUUGGGCUACCCAGACGCAAGCAAAUCAAAUGGAGGAGCAGGUGCGGGUGUAGGGCGCUCCCUAGUGCACAGCACCAGUGACAGUCACCUCGAACCGCAUCGACCCAGCUACCCUGAGCCACUGUCAGCUCCUGCCAACAUGGCUCCUUCCCCUGGAUUCAAUCCUUUUCUUAUGAAUGAUCAGAGCCGCUCAGCGAACACUCCCACCCCUCCACCCACAAUGCCAGGCAUGUCUCCCACAUAUUCCCCAGUUCCACGUUACACAAUGAACCCUAUAACAGUCACUCUUUCGCAAAGUAUACCCAACGUCCCACAGGCUCUGCAGAUCCCUCCUGGGCACUACGCUAUUCGUCCCUCACCGUCUCAAAGCCCACAGCCAGCACCUUGGUCCUCCUCAGGUGCAUCUGUCUAUCAGCAGUCCCCCUACAGUACUCCCACAUAUGGCUCACCUUACAGCUCCCCACAGCAUCAGGUCCAAGCACAGCCCCAACCACAACCUCAGCUACAACCCCAGCACCAGCAGUAUGUCUUCCUCCCUAUUAGCUCCCCAACCCUUCCUAGCAUGCCCUACCAUCACCAGCAACCACCCCAACAACAGCCUUCCGUUUACAGGCCUUACCAACCAAAAAGUUCCCUUAAGAACCAGAUAGAGAUUACUCUGGAGGGUCCACGGCCACGCAGCAACUCACCUGUGCACACUCCUCACCCCCAGGGAGCACUUUACAUGUCUACCAGUCCUUCACCAAGCUCACCUUCGAGGGGCAUCACAAUGAGUGGAACUCCAGCAGCGUACCACCAUGGAGUAUACAUGCCAGGUCCUGCAAGACCUCGGCCUGCCUCCUCCCCUCAACCAGGGCAGCCAGCCUAUACAUUCAAAAUCAAAGUGUCCCCAGGAGGCCAGGCUCAGAGGCCACCAAGCUCCCCACCUGUGGUGGAAACGGAAUCUCUUCUCAACAUAGUAGACCAAGGAGCUCACAAUGCUGCCCCUGCACCAAUCCUGCCCAUCUCUGCUCUACCAGGGACUGUCACAAGUCAGUUUCAACCAAUGCCCAGACGUUCAAGCUCAGGCUCUGAUGACUAUGCCUACACACAAGCUCUCCUGCUCCACCAGCGGGCGAGGAUGGAGCGUCUGAUGAAGGAACUGCUGCUGGAGAGGCAGAAACUAGAGCAGCUGAAGGCUGAUGUUAACAACAUGGAAUAUGAUGCCCUUCAAAGACGCUUUCGACGAGUGAACUCCACCAGUCUUAUACCCCGACCUGAAGAGAUGACCCGACUACGGAGUCAGAACAGACAGCUUCAGAUUGAUAUUGACUGUACACUGAAGGAGACAGAUCUGCUGCAGUCUAGAGGGAAGUUUGAUCCCAAAGCAAUGAACAAUUUUUAUGACAAUAUUCAGCCUGGUCCUGUAGUGCCACCCAAAGCUGGGAAAAAAGAAGGGGAGCAGGCCUCCAAGCCAGUGCCCCAGAGGGACGAGGACUUUGAAGGCGCCCAGUGGAACUGUGAAAGCUGCACCUUCCUCAACCACCCUGCACUAAACCGCUGUGAACAGUGCGAGAUGCCACGCUACACCUGAACUUAGCACUGUGCUGUAUUGCCCACUCCUGGCCCAACCCUUGCAAAUCCUUGGAUACUAUAAGCCGCACCCCUCUACAAUCUGCAGAAUCUGUCUAGAGGUCUUACCCAAUCAAUCAUUAUAUAAGUCCCUACUACCUGCUGAGGAAGAGCCACUUAUCCCUCUUGUCCUGCUCUGGUCCCCUACUCCUGUGCACUUUGACCUUUGAUUUUUUUGGUGGAUGAUAAAUCUUUUUUAGGAUAGAUGGAGUCUCUCAUGGCAGAUGCAUGAGAGCACUGUGGCUCUGACAGAGGGCGAGACCAGCUUCAGAAAGGUCAAAGCGGUCUAAGGAUUGAGGAGGAGGAGCUGUGGUUUACCUGGCGAACAUUCCAUGCAGAACAAGUGACUGCCCUGUUUACACUGUGCAAAUUCCUGAACUAAAAUUGGAGGCACUUCUUUUACCCAGGACCUCCAACUCUCCUUUUCUGACAGUGGAACAAUGAAAGCAAUGAUAUGAGUUGUGACUAAUGCGAAAUGUAGACUUUACACUGUAUCUGGCUCUGUAUUAGAGCUCAUUUCACUGAAAGAACACUAAAGACACUUGCAUAUGAGUAUAUUCCUGGUACUUUUAUGCAUAUUAUUACCACCCUGUAUUAUGUGUUCAACAAAUGUUGAUUUUCUGUGCAAAUGCCUCAACUUGCUGUACUUAAUAAAAGAGCUGAUUCUAUGUGAUGUGACCAUGCACAGGUGCAUAGUUUAUUGAUCGCAGAUGUCCCUUCUUCCUA